GUCACUUGAAACAAAAUCCUGAAUCGGCUAAAAUUUGGAUGUUUGGUAAAGGACCAAAUACGAUUAUCUAUGAAUGCCUUACAGAAACCACAUUAUCAGCCAUCAUUGCCUAUACACUAUCAUUAUUUAUUAUUACGCCUGAAAUGGAUAAGACGUCAGGUGACGUUAAAGAAAUAGACAGAGAGGGUGUGUCAAAUGGGUUCAAAUUGGAUGCGCCGAAUUACAAUGUUAUAUUCGAAUUGAGAAAAGAUGUUGAUCAUGAAAAGGUUUUAAGGGGAAAUUUUUAA